UUUGUCCAUCGUAAUUGCAAAAAUUCAGCUGAAUUCCGCACUAGAAAGCCAUGAAUUUACAAAAUAUAGCUUUUUUGUGUUCAUACGAUAGAUUAAUGAAGAAGCUAACAUAAAACAAAUGGAUUUUACACUAUACAGAUGUUUUCUUUUAGAAAAGUUCAUUAAAGAAAGAAAUCUGAAAUAAACAUUUAAUUCGAUUUUGGGCCCCGGGCAACUGCCCCGUAUGCCCUUGCCUUUGUCAGACUCUGUAUCUUCUUCAAGCUUAUGUCUGUUUUAGGGCUUUAUUUACAUCCUUUAGCUUAAUUCAUGUGUAACAUAAAGUAUAUUCUUAUUUCAUUUGAACUUUUUAAUCUAAUUAGCUUAGAGUAUGUUAUUUUGUAUGGUUUUAACUGCUGAGUUAUAUGUGCCCAACCUUUUUCUGAUGAGGGCAACAAAAAUUCCUAUUGAUAAAAGGAUCUUUAGGUUUCAUUGUCAGCUCAAGGCAAAGAUGCAAUUUAUCAAUUUUUUCAAGCUUUGAAACAGAAGCUGAAAGAUCAAAUGGAGGAGGAGCAGCAUUUUUGUUUAAAAUGGGACAAUCAUCAAACCAAUUUGUUAGAUGGAUUUGUAGAUUUAUUAAAUAAAGAAUACUUAUGUGAUGUAACUCUAGCCUGUGAUGGUAUAAGCUUAAAAGCUCACAAACUAGUUUUGGCAACUGCCAGCGCUUUCUUUCGUGAUCUCUUCUUGAACAAUCCUUGUUCACAUCCUAUUGUCAUUCUUCCUGAAUUAAAAUAUACAGAUAUGAAAGCACUGGUUGACUUUAUUUAUUGUGGACAAGUCAAUGUUUCACAGAAUCAGUUAUCAAAAAUUCUCAAAGUUGCAAACUACUUAAAAAUCAAAGGUGUUCAAACUAAAACUGUUACUGAUGAUGAUUCUUAUGAAAUAAAUUCACCAUCAACUGAUAUUAGAGAAAAUACUACGGACCCCUGCUCAACUGAAAAACCUGAUGCUGAAAACUCUAAUAUGCAAGUGACUGAGACUAGUUUAGACCCAUUAGAAUCCAGACUGACAGAGUCUGCCCAUUCAGAAUCUAAUAUUUACUGUAGCAAAACAUAUUCAACUAAACCUGAAGUACAAAUAGAAGAAAUGGAUGAAGCAGAAUGUGGUUUGAAUGCCUCAUAUGAAAUAAAUCCCUCAAGUUUGAUGGAACAGUCAAUGACAACAGAGAAUAUAAUGCCUACAAAAUCUCUGGAUGAAAAACAAAUGUUGGCCAAUUGUGAAAGUGAGUAUGAAGAUGAAAGGAGCCUUUUGGAUUUAGCUGAUGAUGGAAAUUUCUCAGAAGUACAAAAUUGCCAUGCCUAUUAUAAUCAAGAACUUCCAUACUCUAAAGAAACCCAUCCUACUACGAUGAGUGACAAAACAUUACUGAAACUUCCACUAAUAUGCUCAAACUGCCAAUAUGUAAUGACUACUCUAAGUGAUGCCCAAAGUCAUCUUAACACAAAUCCUAACUGUCGUACUUCCCAAUUUCAGUGUCCUUUAUGCCCUAAAGUUUUCAUUUGGCCAGCAACGUUAGUAAAACAUUUUCGUGAGCAGCAUCAAGGACCAGGGGGCACAACAAGAGUAACAGAAAGACUUUGGUACUUCUGUGAAGUCUGCAGAAAGCCAUUAUUGAGUAAGCAUGCUCUCUCUCUUCACAGAAAUAAAUUCCAUGGACACUUAGUUGACUCAUUUCAACCAUCAUCACCAGAAAGUGCCAAUCCUGCCAAAAGAGGGCGUAAACAAGGUACAAGAGUGUGUAGAUUAUGCAAAAGAACUUUUUUGAGCAGUGCUGAUUAUCAAGCACACAUGCAAAACUUCCAUUCUCUAAAGAGUGUAACCAGCUCUGAAAGCAGUUCUACAUUUGACUCUGGUCAUCCUUUGUCAGUGGCAGGAAAUGAAUCAAGUUCAUCGCAGAGCAGUAUGUCUGUGUCUUCUGUUACAUAAAAUUAUUAGUUCCUCUUUUUCAUAACUACACUUAUCAUGGUAGAUAUAUUUCCUAGGAACUUUUUUUUCAUCAGAAAUAGUCUAUUUUUUUGUCUAACAGAGCUGAAAUGCAGACUUGUACUAUUACGCUUUUCACAUUAUAGAGCUGAAAUUUUAAAUUCUAAAAUUGAUGCUAUUUAUAGAGUUUUAGUUCAGUAAAAGCACGCUUUACUAGAUUGAUUUUUGACAAAUGGAACCGAGUGAUGAAAUAUUUAGAAAGUAAAUCAUCUUGAUCAUUGUCGCUAUAUAAGAUUAUGCAUUUAUUUGUGGCAUUGCUAUUCAUGUACAAAUAAUUAUGCAAUUUAUUGUAUACAUUUCUGUGUUUUAAUUUUUUUAAAGUGAUACUGAUUGUAAUUUUAGCCAAAGAUUAUGUGACUGUAUUUAUGGCAUUGUUAUUUGUAGCAACAUCAAUUUGUGUAUCAAUGCUUCAAUUAGUACAAAAUAAAUUUUCUUUUCUUA